AUGCUGGAUGUAUCUGACUUCCUCAAACCUCAUGAGCGACUCCAAAUAGAGAUGGUCAAGUACAUCACCGUGAAAGCCAUAGCCGUCCAGAACCUCGGCGUCGACGAUCUUACCAUCUCCCCUCCUGGAGGCGCUGCCCCCGUCACACUGGUUAUCAACCAGAAGGAGCAGUUCUCUACCACGGGAAGCUACAUCGUCCACUAUGGCAACGACCAACUCACCGCCUUCUCUUUUGAGUUCAGCGGAGGAAACUUCAGCAUCACCCAAGGCAGAGUUACCAGCGACGCAAUUGCAGCCAAUGUCGCUAUCACCGCCACUCUCGCUUGA